UUGUCUAGUUACCACAUGGUAAUUACCAUCGACAAAGUGGUUUCAGCAGUUUUAGAAAUUUUCUCAACAAUAACUGGUUUCUUUCCAAAAUUUGCUUCAAACGGCGGAUGCGCCCGCCAAAACCUCGCCCUACAAAAUAUCCAAGCCCGUUUAAGAAUGGUCUUGUCUUACUUAUUCGCCCAAUUAAUGCUUUGGGCCCGUAACCGGCCCGGUGGUUUACUCGUUUUGGGUUCGGCGAACGUCGACGAAGCUUUACGCGGUUACAUGACAAAAUACGAUUGCUCAAGUGCCGACGUAAAUCCUAUCGGGGGAAUUUCAAAAACCGAUCUAAGAAUGUUUUUGAAUUACGUUAAAGAAAAAUUUAAUAUUCCAAUUAUUGGAGAGAUUGUUAAAGCUCCGCCAACCGCCGAGUUAGAACCGUUAAAAGAAGGGGCUUUGAUGCAAACAGAUGAGGAGGAUAUGGGGAUGACUUAUGCGGAGUUAAGCAUUUUUGGGAGAUUGAGGAAACAAGAAAGAUGUGGACCUUAUUCUAUGUUUUAUAAAUUAAAAGAUCGAUGGGGGAAUGAUUGUAGUCCAGAAGAAGUUGCUGAGAAAGUCAAACAUUUUUUUAGAUGUUACGCGAUUAAUCGCCAUAAAAUGACCGUUCUAACACCUUCGUAUCAUGCGGAAGGAUACAGUCCUGAUGAUAAUCGAUUUGAUUUACGACCGUUUUUAUAUCGAGCAAAUUGGUCGAGACAAUUUAAAGCAAUUGAUAAAGAGUUAAAAAAGACGAACAAUUCACGUGUACGAACAGCCAUACACGUUUAGUUUUAUUUGAGUUCCUUAUUUUUUAGUGUUUCUUUUUCUAUUUUUUUUACUAGCUUUGUAAUUAGUUUUAUAGGGAGUUUUUAGGAUACAAUAAAUGUAUUUUUAAAUCAAA